CAGUCGCAGAAUGAUGACGCUCGCUGACAGAUGCUCGUCGCACGCUGGUUCAAAGCAAACCAGCGUCUCAGAGCCGACACGAGCUAACCGCUGUUAGCAGCUUCUAAACCCAAAAAGAUGAGCGGCUUCUACCAGUCAGCAUCCCGUUACUCGGGCCGGAUGUAUUGUGCGAGUUAAACGCCGCACACGAUGACCACAGCGACCGCCAGCCUGGAGAGCCUGCGCGUGCUGCACCACAGCGAUGACUACAUCGUGGUGGACAAGCACUGGGACAUCCGCAUCGACAGCAAGAUGUGGUACGAGAAGCACACCGUGCAGGCGCAGCUCCUGCACCGUUUCCCUCAGCUGGCGGACCCCAGCACCUACUACGGAUUCAGGUUCUGUCAUCAGUUGGACUUCUCCACCAGCGGGGCUCUGUGCGUCGCCCUCAACAAGGCCGCCGCCGGCCGAGCUUACCGCUGCUUCAAGGACCGCUCCGUCACCAAAGCCUACCUCGCCCUGGUUCGUGGACGGGUGGAGGAAGAGACGCAAACCUUGGACUUCCCCAUCGGCAAGAACUCAUCAGAGGGGAAGACGCACAUGAUGUGUACUGAGGGAACAGAAGGUUGUGAGAACCCGAAGCCUUGCCAGACGGAGCUGACGGUGUUGGAGUACGGAUUGUACGAUGGAGACUCUGUCACCAAGGUGCUCCUGCAGCCAGUCACCGGCCGAACACACCAGUUAAGGGUUCACUGCAGCGCAAUCGGCCACCCCAUCGUGGGGGACUUCACCUACAGCUCUGGAGCGGAUGCCGCCCCGUACCGCAUGAUGCUGCACGCACACCUCCUGCACAUUCCGCUGGACCCUGAGCCCCUGCAGGUCUGCGCUGGAGACCCCUUUCUCCCGGCGACGGAUCCCAAGUGGCUUCCGCAGCGCUCAUUACGGACUCUGGCGGCCACCGUGGAGGCGCUGCUGGAGCGCAGGGUGGAGGAGGGCAGGAAGAUCAAAGAGGAGAGGAGAGAGCGGGCGAGACGGGAGGAGGAGCGGAGGACGAGACGGCGGGAACAGAGGAUUGAGGAGGAGAGCGAGGAGCAGAGGGCACAGUGUCAGGAGUGGCUGAGGGAAUGGGCCGGGGAUUGAUUUAUUGUUGUGUGUUUUAAUUAAUUUGAUCUGUUUACUAAUGAUGGUCACGUUGAGCGUGCAUGCUCCAUGUCACUGACCGCCCCCGUGGCAUUGAAGUGGCAUACACAGAAGUAAACCUAGAACCUUAAUAACCUGGCAAAGUUCAUUUUAGAAGAGACGUGUGAGCAUGUAAGCUGCUGCUUUCUGAUACAAUUGAACAACUGAGCUGUGUUGUCACAUUCAAUACAUGGCUGUAACAUGCAUACAAACAUUUUAACCUACUAUAUGUAUGUUUUUUUGUCAUUUUAUUAUUAUUUUACUGCUUUCAUUAAUACUGUUUCCAACAUAAAUAAAUCUCUAUAGAAUGAAAUGUUAAA